AAGGAAACAUUAAAGAAACGUACGUAUCAGUAGUAACGUGGAGGAAAAAAAAACCCGCCAAACAAGCCCCGCCUGCCAUUCUCUACUUCAUAAUUUUUAUAUCAAUCCAUUUGCCGCGCAUUUUCGCCUCUUAUGCUCUCUGUCUGCACUCAGCAGGGGCAGUGGUCAUCAAUAACAUAACAUCUCUGUUUUGCUGUUUGGAUCAUCUAACACUCCUGUCAAACAUGAAGGACGAGCUCUUGCUUGCAGAAGAAACUCUAGACUAUGAACAAUUGUUCGCCGAGGACCUCACAUUCAAUGGAUUCGACGAAACCUAUGAAUACCCAAUAUCAGAGACAGAGGAAGCAGCCGAUGCACCAGUUAUAAACCCUAGUUGCGACAAUGUGGGUGCUGAAAGAGCUCAUGUGCUCAUCCCCACUGCCUCUGCUACUCCUGCAAGCCUGCAAAAAAAGCAGGCUUCCAGGGCGGGUGUGAGCAAGAAAGGCAGUAAGAGGGGCAGUUACAACUGUGGGAGAUGUGGGUUGCCUAAAAAGGGCCAUAUCUGUACCGACAUUGAGUCCAAUAGUACUCCUCUCAAGAGAGACGAGCUCCUUUCACCACAAUGCCAGUCUCAAUCCCAAUCUCAAUCCCAAUCCCAAUCGGAUUCGGCAAAAACAGGGAUCCUUGACAGGGGUGGCUCUAGCCGUAGCCAUCCUCUUGUCAAUACUCCCUCUCACAACACUGUUCCCCAUCCUGCAUUUCGCCCUGCUCGCCAGACGAGCUCUGUGUGUGGAGCAAAGAGGAGUCUCUCCAUGCCCAGAGAUGGCGAUGGCAAGGGGAUUCCUCCAGCUCGAUUCGAUCUCAAAGGCAUUGGCCAUGGCAGUAAGCGUGUCCAUUGCUGGGGAUCUUCAGCAUCAUCUUUCACUCCCUCUGAUUCCUCGAAUCGCCCUGUCCUUGACGUGGAUAUGGAUUCUGUGGAUAGUAUGCAUUUACCCGAUCAGGGUGCACCAAGCUGGCUUUCCAGGACCUGCCUGGUGGAAAUUUUUAAAAGAAUGCCCCCAUCCUCCCUCUUGGUGGCAAGCAUGGUGUGUACCCAGUGGAGCCAAUAUGCUCGCCAUGUUUGGUCUACUGUUACAGAGACUCAACUGGUGGUUACACAAGACCAAAAUAAAUACAUCCCUACAAUGCUUCAAAAAUGUCCGAAUCUUGUGCAUCUUACCCUAGAUGCCAGAAGUGAAAUUGAUGACAACUUCCUGAGAUCCAUUGCCUGUUCAACACAUUGUCUUUCCUCCUUGGAAGUUCAGAUCAGGCAUGGUGGAGUCAACAUGGUAACAGGGGAUGGAUUAAGCCACUUUCUCGCUGAAUGCAAGUCAAUAUACAGCCUCAAGCUGGAAAGUUGUAAAGCCAUCAGAAGUCUUCAUUUAUGCUCAACCCAUCUUGCAACUCUUUGGAUGGCGGAUUGUUAUAUGAUAAGCACCAUGGCCAUAAAUUGUCCAGCAUUGACAGAGUUGUCGCUUGAUUUUUCACCCGAAGAUGAUGGUUCAACCGACCUCUGUAAUAUGAUGGACAAUUUGAGCGAAAGCUGUCCGAGAUUGUCCAAGUUACAUAUUGCUUCUGUCGGUUUGGACAACUCUCUGGUGCUUGCACUUGCAAGUUCAAAUUUCAGAUUUUUGUCUAUGCUUUCAUUAACGUUUGGGUCAGGAAUUACUGAUGAAUCAGUGGCUACUCUGGCAUCAAGUUGGAACAAUUUGCAAAUGCUAGACUUGAGCGGAUCAAGUAUCACAGACAAAGGACUUAGCAUUAUAUGCAGUGCUUUCUCAGGCACUCUCUCUAAGCUUCUCAUUGCUCUCUGCCGUAAAGUAUCCAUAGCUGGCCUUCAAAUGGUGGCUACACAACUACCAUUCCUUGAGCUCCUAGAUUGUGGAAUGACUAUAGAAUACAAAUGCCAUACUUUUUGUAGCAAUGAAGCUACAGACCUUGUCAGACAACAACUAGAAGAACGUGAAGCUCAACAUAGUGUGCAGAGGCUAAAUAUACUCUCUAAAGCAAAUACAAUAUCCAACAGAUUGGUAAUCAAGCAUUUGAGGCUUAAGAAACUCAGCCUCUGGGGCUGCUCUGGCAUCCGUGCCUUGUAUCUGGAUUGUCCAGAGCUUGUUGAACUAAAUCUGAAUUCCUGCAGCAGUCUAAAUCCUGAGAAUAUGUUACUGCAAUGUCCUGCACUAGUAACAGUGUAUUCUGCACACUGCAAGAAAGUUGUAACUUAUGCAUUUCAAAGCAAGGUUUCUUGUUCCACUCAAAAUGAUUCAUUGCAUUUAUUCACAAAAAGAAUGGCAGAUGGUUCUAAAAGAGUCCAAGCACCACAAUUUGACAUCGUACAGCCUUGUGAAGAUGGUGAGGUGGAGGAGAGCCUACCAGAGAAUUCGCAAAGUGUAACUCAUGCAGUUUAAAGCCUUCACAAGUCAAUCCCUCAAAGAAAGCUGGAAUACUGUUUGCUAAUUUGGUAUAGUGUAGAUAACAAGGGCAAUUGAUUCAGUGUUCAACAUGCCUGCGAAAAUUCUGCUAAUAAUUUUAAACAAGUGAAGGCUUUAGUGCCUUUUUAUAAUAACAGAUGAGAUCAUUGUAGUCUGCAGUUUCAGACAUGCUCAAAAUCAUUGGUUUUGUGCAAUUAUACCCUGACAAAUUAACAUCGUCCAGUGCUCUACUUUCUGAAUAGGGAAAAAGAUUAUUACCUUAACAUAGGACACGGGGUUUUAUGCUGCCUAAAGUUAGCAUGCAUCCAACCUUUUAUUAAGCGAUGUUUAGUGUACAAGUUGGGAUUCUUUAGUGGAAAGUAUGGCACUUGCAUCAUGAAGGUGAUGAUUUUUUGGCUACUUAAAGCCCUUCAAACUUAUUAAAAAAAUUGAUAUUUCACA